CGAUAGAAAAACGUCUUUAGUAUAUUAAAGGCCAGUAGCGCUUCUACAAUGGCCUCUUCUGAGAGCCUCGCGGAUGCCAUUAACCAGCUGUCCCUAGUUGAUUUCGACAAGUCUGAUGGAUGGAUCGAGGAUAUACUAAACCAACAACUGCCCCGUAAACGGGUUAAGCCUGAUCAAUCUCAGCUUCGAGAGCAGCUUCAACAGGAGUUUCUUACACCCUCUCCGGUGUUUUCCACCGAGUGGCUAAAUAAGCUUCAGAAACGAUGGGACGACCCACCCGACUACGUUUCCCUUAUGGGCCUCGCCCCUUCGAUGUCUCGUACUGUUAUCCGGUUCACCCGCGAGGGUCUCGAAGGUCGUGUCACUGGCUACAAGGAGGUUACGGUUCCUGCUCACUCAAUUACUGCAAAGAACUCCACCUCGCUAUUAAGAAAACCUGCUUCAAAGGCAGAUUUCGUAAGAGGCAAGGCAGGUUUUUUUCCAUUUAGUCCCGGCGGAGUCGAUAUCGGAGCUGCGAACGAAAGACCCGAGGAGUUGGAGCUCCAGGAGGCCCUGAUGGAGGAAAAGAUCGGCAAGAAUGGACUACUGAGGGUUGCGCCGGGUAUGGCGCGCGGGCUGAUAUUUGAUGAAGCUCCGGACGAAAAUUCGGUUGAAGAAGAGGCUGGCGAUGAUGGUUUUAAGUUUGGGGAUGUGGAGCCUAAGAGGAGGCGAAGAGGAGAGGCCGAUGAUGGCGAUGGGAUGAAGGCUGAUAAGCCUCUUGCGGAGUUGGAUACUAUUGACGAUUUACUACCCAUUGAGUUUCCUAUGUUGGUACCAAAAGGAAAUUUGCCUUCGUCAUUGAGGCCAAAGGCGAAGGAGUGGGCUCACAUGGUUGAUGUCAACCAAGAAAUUACCAAUUUCCGUGAAUUGGUCCCCAACUUGGCGAAGGAAUGGCCAUUCGAAUUAGAUACUUUUCAGAAGGAAGCUGUUUAUCAUUUGGAAAAUGGUGAUUCGGUCUUUGUGGCUGCGCACACUUCCGCUGGGAAGACUGUGGUUGCUGAGUAUGCAAUUGCACUUGCUACGAAGCAUAUGACCAAAGCAAUUUAUACAUCGCCGAUCAAAGCUUUGAGCAAUCAAAAGUUUCGAGAUUUUCGUCAUGUUUUUGAAGAUGUGGGCAUUUUGACUGGAGACGUGCAGAUAAAUCCGGAGGCCAGCUGCUUAAUUAUGACGACAGAAAUUUUGAGGAGCAUGCUUUACAGGGGAGCCGAUCUGAUUCGUGAUGUUGAAUUUGUUAUUUUUGACGAGGUUCAUUAUGUCAAUAAUCAAGAGAGAGGUGUCGUAUGGGAAGAGGUUAUUAUCAUGCUUCCUGAACAUGUCAACCUGAUUCUCUUAUCGGCAACUGUACCCAACCCUUACGAAUUUGCCAGUUGGGUGGGACGCACAAAGAAAAAAGAUAUUUAUGUAAUCUCAACGCCUAAGAGGCCAGUACCACUGGAGCAUUUUAUAUGGGCGAAUAAGGCUAUGUAUAAGAUUGUCAAUUCAGAAAAAAAAGAAGGCGGGCACAAGAAUAUUUGGGUUCACCUUGUGCAUCAUCUGAAAAAAGAGACCUUGCUUCCCGCGGUUAUAUUCGUCUUCUCUAAAAAGAGGUGUGAGGAGAAUGUUGAUGCCUUGAGCGCUGUUGAUUUCUCCAACCAAACAGAGAAGAGUGCGAUUCACAUGAUAAUUGAGAAGAGCGUCGCAAGGUUAAAGCCUGAAGACAGGUUGUUGCCACAGAUACUGAGAAUGCGAGAGCUUCUGGGUAGGGGAUUGGCUGUGCAUCACGGCGGACUUUUGCCAAUUGUUAAGGAAAUUGUCGAGAUCCUAUUUGCGAAAACAUUGGUUAAGGUUCUGUUUGCAACCGAGACGUUCGCAAUGGGUCUUAAUCUACCUACUCGUACCGUGGUGUUCUCUGGAUAUCGAAAGCAUGAUGGAAAGUCAUUCCGUGAUCUUCACCCAGAUGAGUAUAUUCAAAUGGCUGGCCGGGCUGGGCGCAGGGGUCUUGAUGAACGGGGAAUUGUAAUCAUUAUUUCACCUAUGGAUGAGGCACCUCCGGCCGCUACUUUAAAGCAUAUGCUUCUUGGGCAACCUACAAGGCUACAGAGCCAGUUUCGCUUGACGUAUAAUAUGAUACUGAACCUUUUCCGCGUAGAAGCUCUGAAAAUUGAAGAGAUGAUAAAACGGAGUUUUAGCGAAAACACGUCACAAACCCUUCUACCAAAACAUGAACAAAAGGUACAAGAAUCGCAAGAGAAACUAAAGAAGUUGCAGAGUGAGGAUUGCGAAACGUGCAAUCUAGAUAUCGACGCCUUUGUCCUGGCCGCUGAGGAAUUAAAAGAAGUCUCAAAAGAAAUAAUCAUAGGUGGUUCGAGGACCACAACAGGGAAAAAAUAUCUCACAAAAGGGCGUUUAGUUGUCAUUGGUAAAAAGGGCGACCAUAGGACUAUUGGAUUCUUGGCAACUGAAGGUGCCUCAGGUGGUGCACAGGCCGUUGUGCAGGUUUUGGCACUUGCGUCUAAGGAUGCUGUAAAGUCUCCAGUUGACAACUUACCUUUCACUGUUGCUUGCUCGAUGGGUUUCCCGGCACCGCCAUACGAAGAAUGGAAGCUUCGGUUGGAAACCAUCCAUAUAUACGAGAUAGAGUAUCUGGGAUCAAUGGUCACCAGACUCGACAUUGCGAGAGCACGCCAGGGUUCCCGUGAGGAAGUUCGAGCCAUUGAGGGGGAACUGAAAGCUUUAUUCGGGAACUGGAAUGACUCCGAAUGGACGGAAGUUGACUGGUCGAGGGUUAAGGAUCUUACGACACUGGAAUACUUGGAGUACCGCAGAACAAAAGAGAGGGAGAUAGAUCGCUUCAGGUGCCUUGGGUGUGACAACUUCGCCGCACACUUUCACUCAAGCUACAAAAAGUACUUGCUGGAGUUGGAAGUUGCAAACUUAAAACACCUGAUAUCAGACCAAAAUCUACAGCUUUUGCCAGACUAUGAGCAGCGUGUGUCGGUAUUAAAAGAUUUGGACUUUAUCGACGAAAAUAUGAAUGUGCAACUAAAGGGAAGGGUGGCCUGUGAAAUCAAUUCAGCCAACGAGCUGGUACUGACGGAGUUGAUCUUGGAAAACGUUCUUGCAGAAUACGAACCCGAGGAGAUUGUGGCCCUGCUUUCCGCAUUUAUAUUUAGUGAGAAAACUGAUGUUGUACCAACCAUCACUUCUCGGUUGGAGAAAGGUAAGGCAAAGAUCAUCGAGAUUUCUAGGAGGGUCAAUAGGGUCCAGAUAGAACGUCAGAUCAUAAUGGCUCCUGAGAAUGACGAUUUCGAGAGCAGGCCACGGUUUGGUCUAAUGGAGGUCGUUUACGAGUGGGCAAAGGGGAUGUCUUUCAGCCAAAUAACAGAUCUAACCGACGUUUUGGAGGGAACGAUUGUGAGAGCUAUCACUAGGUUGGAUGAGACGUGCCGUGAGGUCAAAGGUGCCGCCAGGAUUAUCGGAGACCCAUCUCUCUUUGCUAAAAUGCAGGAGUGCCAGGAGUUGAUCAAGAGGGAUGUCUGCCACUGUGCCUCUUUGUAUUUGGUCAGUAACUGCUGUUUCCUAUUCUUAGAUCUUUCUCGUUCCAAAAAUGGGCGAUGA